AAUGGCAAUUUGCAAUAAUUUCAUAAAUAAAUCAUGAAAAAAUUUAUACUAAAAGAUUUUACAUAUAAAAUUGAUAAUAAAAAUAAAUGAAAGGAAAAAAAAAUUCCAAAUUAAGAAUGGUAAUGAUAAAGUUAAAUAAAGGUUAAUUUACAACUGAAAUAAAUUCAAAAUUAAAUCAAAAGAAGAACUUUUUAAUCUAUACAAGAAACAAAUUUACAAACAAAGAGAAUAUUUAAGUGAAAGAUCCUGAUAAUACAUACAAGAACGCCUUCAAAAUGGAAGAUUUACUAUUGCAAAUAAUUAAAGAGUCAACUGGGACGAAACAUAACACCCUCAAACAAGCAGCUCAAAUUGCUUAUGACAAAUUAUACAGACAACACGGAAUACACAGAGAUCCAUCGCAUGAAUUACGUUCGGUAUGCUUAACUGCACUACAGAUGGCACUAGAAACAAAACGUCCAAAAUAUAUUACAAUGGGGUUAAACGGGUUACAUCGAAUAAUAAAAGAUGAACGUUUUUUUAUUGGUCUUGAGCCAGAAGAUGAUUCACUUUGGUUACCAGCACAAUUACUUCGUGCUACUAUAGGUGUAACCCCUUCAGCUAGUACUGAAGAUACUGUAGUAAAUGUAUUACGAUUAUUUUUAGCAAUGGCUUGUUCACCAACAUGCACUUUAAAUGGUCGGCUUUUAAUUGAAAUACUUGGUAGAUGUGGUGAAUGUUGGGAGACUGGUUCGCGGGCUGUACGUGCUGCUUCAUUAGCAGCAGCAAGUCAAUGUUUAAGAACAUUUUGUGCUUUUCUUAAAGAUGAAGCUGAAGAAGUUCAAAAAACUGCACCACCAGGUAUGAUAACAGCAGCACAAGCCUCAGCUGUUUACAAUGAAGUUAUACCAGUAAUGCAAUGGUUGUGUAGUCGUUUAAUUGAACCAAAAGUAGGUACACCAAAGAAAACUGAAGCUAAUGGUUCAUUAUUUUUAACUGAAUGUAUACUAACAUUAUCGUCAUCAUUACCUAGAGGUGUACAAGUAAAUCCUCAUUUUACAUCAUUUUUGUGGCAGAAAUUUUGUCCUACUUUAGCAGCGGCUUUAGGUUCACCAGGGCGAAUUAAUUUGGAUAAAAAAUUCACUUAUAAAGAUGCUCUUCAUAUUAUUGAAAAUGAGGCCAGAGGUUUUUUCACAGGACCAGGAUUAGAUGGUCCACAAGCAAGAUGUGUUUACUUAACCGGAAUUCAAUUAUUAAGAAUAGCGGGAGCACAAGGAUCACUAAGACCAAUGCUUGAAGCAUUAUUUCACAGAAUGUUGUUACUUCCAGCACCCCAAAAUCGAACCGAGCCAUUAAAAUGUGUUAGAGAGAUCUUUAAAAGUCCAGAAAGACUGGUGGAUUUAGCUGUUAUUCUAUAUUUGGAUAAAAAUACUAGCCAAGGAUGUAGCGAUGAAAUGGCAUUAUUUAGAUUGAUUAUUGACGCAAUGGAGGAAUGUGCCCUUGCAGUACAAACAGGAAGCGGAAAUGAACAAUCUUUACAAGCAAGUGUUGAAUGCGUUGUGGCGCUUUUAGACAGUCUUCAAACAUUGUGUUCUGGUGAAAUUAACGAAAACACCAUCAGCGAUCAAAUCGUAGAUGUAAUAAAUUAUCGACAUCCAACAUUGCGAGAAGCUGAUUAUACUGGCCCAUUAACCUACCAGUCAAUGGCACGACUUCCCGCUCCUUACAGAGAUGCUGUCGCAGAAUUGAGACAGAAUGGUUUUGAAACCUCUUCAGGAUCUGAGAGUGAUGGAGAUGCUCAACAUGAAGCUGAUAUUACAUCAAAUGCUUCCGGUGAUACAGAAGGUCCUGAGGAUGAUGCACAGUCUUCCAGUGAUGAAGGGUCAUCAAAAGUUGAAAAUUUAUGGCCAUAUUCUCAUUUAGAAGCACCAGUAAUCCCCACCAGAUUAGAUACUGACAAUGAUCGAUAUCACGCGAGAGAUUUUGCUAAGUCUUUGCAAAAUGAUUUAGUACCAAAAUUACUUCGUUUGCGAUCAUGUGUUGAGGUUGACGAAGCUAUGCAGGAAUUUGCUUCCGCAAUAUGUCACGAGAAUAGUAUGAAUUAUUCAGAUUUUGAUUACAAUUUAACAGCAAUAAAUGCUGACGGAAUUUAUUUAGCUAUUUAUUCAGCACUAUUGUUAAGUUUGCAAUUGAUAAGAGCUGGACAUUAUGAAGAUCCAGAUAAAGGAAUAUUUAUUCCUAUGUCCGAACAGCAAUUUGUAACUUCUGUACAGAAUACUGGGGUUCUAGUGUAUUUAUCUACACCGUGGCUUUGUGAAUUGUAUCAAUGUGUAAUUGUAACGAAUCCUUUAGAAGCUUUGAAAAAAUCUGAAAUAGAUUCAACUCGAUGUGCUUUGGUUGACAUGUUAUGUGAUGCAGGUGGUUUGGGUGCAACUCAAAUGAUGUCCGAAUGGCAAAGAUUACAAUCAUCUGCUGUCAGAUAUAAUGAAGAUUAUAAUGACAGAAGAGAAGCAGCAAAAAAGCUCAGUAGAAGAUUGUUGACUUGUUGUUGGGAAUCAAUGGUUACAGUACUAAGUACCGGUUUAGGUGAUUUCACCACGAAUGGAUCAAAUCGAUUGGUUGCAUUAUCAAAACGAACGCUAAGAGUCAAAAUGAAACAUAACAAAAAUAAUGGUGAAGCUUUAUACGCUAUGUGUUUAGAUGGUCUACAUGCGGCUGCAACUUUAAGCAAUUCUCUUAAUUUACAACAUUUGGCUGGUAAAAUAUUAAACCUUUUAUCAUCAAAUGUUUGCCAGACUUCUGGUCCCCGCAUUUCGGCAAGCCAAGCAAUGUCUAUGGAUGUUGUUUUAACUGGUGGACUAAAUUUAGGGUCAUACAGUGCAGAUUGUUGGCACUCAGUUUUUGCAGUUUGUAGACAUGUCACACAAUUAGAACAUGACAUAUUUAGUUUACAAAAUCCUAUUACGACUUCACCAACAACCAAUCGAAGAGAUAUGGAAACUGGGGAGAAAUUAAACACUUCACCUGGAAAGGAUAAAUUAAAUUUGUCAACAAUUCCAAUCGAUGAUGAUGAAACUUGUGUGGAUGUGUACAGUUUUCUUCAAGCGCCAAUGCAAGCUCCAAAUACAAAUGUAGCAUCGAUUUUAAAGGUUUAUUCUGGUUCGAAUGAACCAGUAUUGUUAAGUCAAUCUGACACAUCAAAAGUUUUAUGUGCACUGUCACAUCAAGCUGAAAAUUUAUUUAAUGAUGCAGCAGAACGCUUAAGUUUACCAUCAAUUUGUCAGUUUCUCAAAAGUUUAUGUCGGGCUUCAAGAGAGCAAUUGUAUAAAAGUAAUUCAGUCCGAAAAGGUGGUAGAAUUUGGUGGCCAAGUCGUGGAUGGAAAAAAGCUGAUUCACUACCUUUAUCAUUACUUUUACAUCGCGUUGGAGAUGUUACAUUAAAAGUUUUUCGGAGCUCUAGACCGCUUUUACAUAUUUUGAAAGUUUGGGCUAUAACCGGACCACAUUUAAUGGAUGCCGCUUGUCAUAAGGAAAGAGUUAUAUCAAAACGUGCUAUAGAAUAUAUACAUGACAUUAUUACAGCGCUGCUGGUUGAACAAUCGGAAUUGCCUCAUUUUCAUUUCAAUGAAGCACUACUUAAACCAUUUGAAAAUCUUUUAAGUAUGGACACUUGUGAUAUUGACGUACAGGAUCAAAUUGUGGCAUGUUUGUAUGAAAUCGUUGAAGCGCAUCGCACUGAAAUUCGUUCUGGAUGGCGUCCUUUAUUUGGAACGCUAAGGAAUGCUAGAUGUAGAAUGUUGAAUAUUGGAAACAUCAUUGAUAUUUUUCGCGUCUUUUUAGACAGCGAUAAUACUUUAGUGUUUGCAAAUGCUGGCUUAGACUGUAUAUUAUGUCUUCUAUCAUAUUUAGAAAUUUCAGGUGGUGGAAAUUCAUCUGAUAAUAGUGGCGCAGAAGAAAACAAUUUUAGACCGGUCGAGUUUUUACAUGAAACUUUAAGAUUUUUAGAACGUUGCUCAUCGAUUUUAGGUUUUAUGUACAAUAUGCCGAAAUGUCCCAACUUUCAUUCAACUUAUAAAAUCAAAGGCAUCACUUAUACCCACAUUAUAGAUGCAAAUAUACCAAACUCUAUGGAAAAUUUUACAUAUUUUGGUAAUGACUAUUUACAGAAUAAGAAUGAACAACACAUGAUUUCAUAUAGGUCCUUGCAUAUCGAUAAAGACACUAUAACAAAAAUUGAUGAAAUGGAUAAGCCAAGUGGUGUAUUGAAAGUUUGGUUUUUGUUAUUGGAUGGGUUAACAAAUUCAUUAAUUGUAUGCCCUAUACCACAUCAAGCUCCAAUACUACAAACAAUAUUCAAAUUGUUUAAAAACUUGUCACAGAGUCCUGGAAUUGACUUUGGCUUUUAUUGUACAAAUCAUUUAUUGAUCCCAAUGAUACAAGAUUGGCUUCGUUAUAUUAAUAAGACUGGCGCUAACUGGUUAGCAAUUGAGAAAAAUUUUAAGCAUUGUUGUUGUAUGACAACAGAUUUAGUUGUAGAUUUUAUAGAACGUUCUGAAAAACGUUGCACUAACAAUGAAACUAAAAAAGCUUUUAUACAAACAAAUGGAACGACUGGGUGUAAAGCAAAAGUAACGACAAUAUUAAGACCAGUAGAUAAUAUGAAAUAUUCACAAUUAAAGUUAAUACAAAAUUCUGCACUAAUAACUUCAUCAGCAUCAUCAUCAUCAUCAUCUUCAUCUGCAAGUAAUUUGAAUAGUAAUAAUAAUAGUCCUGGUAUGACAGUGUUGAACGAUGUUUCUGGUAAUAAUAGUAACAAUUUAAAUAACAGUAAUGGUAAUAACAAUAAUAGUUAUAGUAAUAAUGGUUGCAGUAAUGGGUGUCAUGAUAGCAAUGAUGUACAUAAUAAUACUAAUAAAGAUCAAUCAACUAAAAAUUUGUUAGGUUAUAAAACAAACUCUAAAUUAGAUAGCUCAUCUUCUGAAAGUUCAUCUGAUAAUUAUGUUGAAUCACCAACAAAAAUAUCCGGUCCAGCGACAUUAGCUUUGAAACAGUUAUUAUUAGUAUUGAUUGAAUGCUCAGCACAAGCUCAAGAAACAAUAGCAAGAGUUGGUGUAUCAUGCCUAAAACAUGUAGUACUAUCAACUGGACACUUGUUCAAUGAAUCACAAUGGAUGAUUGUAUGUUCAGCAAUACAUCGUGCUUGUACAGUAACAAUUGCACCACUAAGGCAAUUAUCAUUUGCAUUUCACGAAAAAUCGAACAGUUUUUAUGGUGAUUGUGCAAAUGUCAAAGUUGCAGCAAGACGAGAUAGCACUUUAGAGGAACUACACCGUAUUUAUUCAUUGGCUCAACAAGUAUUCCUAUUAGAUAAUCAACGUGAUUUGACAAAAUCAACAAGCCACGUUGAUAAAUAUCCAAGCGAUGAUCGUAGUUAUUCAUUUCUUUUAUAUCCAUUAAAUAAUGGCUUCAGCUCAAAUUUAGAUAAUUUUGUUAUACGUAUACCAUUUAAAAAUUUAGUUGUCGGUUUAUUGGCCAAUCAAAUGCUUCUUCAAUUGGUUGCAAAGUUAUUAAUGGCUAGAUUAAAAUGUGUACCAUCCGCUGUACAUACAUGUAUGUUUGAUAAUUAUGCAACAACAAAUAGCCCAGAAUAUGAACUAGAUUUUCGUUCCAAGGAAAUUUUAUUACGUUGUGUUAAACAGUAUUUAACAAGUUCUUUAGAAUUUGAUUCAAGACCUGGUUUAAAAUUUUUAAUGCAAAAAGUUGCAAAUAUUGAAUAUGCAGCAAAUUUAUAUAAACAAAUGACAUCUUCUUGGAUGAUUUAUUAUAUUGCAUUAGUUGAUUCAUAUUUAAAUGAUAUUGUUAUUUAUAAUUUGGGUACCGAAGACUUGAAUUAUAUUUUGGAAUCAUGUUCACGAUUGAAUACAACAACUGUAAAAAAGAAGGAGAAUUUUGUACGUUAUUUAUUUUGUUUACAAGAUGCAUGGAAUUUAGUAUGUGAAUUAUAUUUAAAUAAUACAAUAUUACAUGAAAAUGAUAAUAAUAGUGGUAGUAUAAAAUGUGCAACAACACCCGAUGAAAUACGCAAAUUUAAAGGUAAAAUUGAUGAACGUCAUGGUUCUAUUGAUUCCGAAAAAAGUGGUAGCGGUAGCUCAACAUUAACAUCAAAUUCUGAUGAACAAUCAAAUUCGGGUGGUGAAAGUAAUUCUUUAAUGUCAACAUCAUCACCAAUUAAAUCACCCGAUGAUGACAAUAUUAUAAUGACAACAUUAAUAAGUGAAUUUCAACCGAAAUCAAGAACAAAUCCAUUUGAUACAAAUCGACCACAAAAACCAGAAGUUGAACAAAUUUCUCCAGAAAUUGAACAACAGAGAGCAACUAGUAUUAUGAAAGAUUUAAAUUAUAAACGUGCUGCUUUAUCACAAUUAGUUGUUGCAUCAAUGGAACUAUUAAAAUCAUUACCACAAGAGGCUGAGGAAAAUCUAAGAUUAUUAAUGACACCAACAAUUAGAGAAGCAUUUCGAUUGGUACAAAUCCAAAAUAGUAAUAGUAAUGAUUCGAAAACAAAUCAAUUUUAGAACGGAGAAUAAAAAAAAAUCAAAAUUUAAAUAGCAGUAAUUUAAUAUUAAAUUACGCAAAACAUAUAAAAUAUCGUUUACAGCUUAAAAUAAAUAAUUAAAAAAUAGCACAUAAUAAAAUUAAAAAAUUAUUAAUAAUUAAGUAGAAUAACAGUAGAAGAAAGUUAUUAAAAACAUACAGCAAAAAAAAUGAAUCUAUGAUAACGUAUAGCUUUUUUUCUUUUCUACUGUACAUAAUAUUCCGUAUAUAAUGUAAAAACAAAAAUUGAAAACAUAUUUAAUUGAAACUAUUAGGCUUUUUUUACGAUAAAAUGCGUACAAUAUAACGUAAACAAAUCAAUAUAUAAAUAUAUACAUAUAUUCAUAUAUAAGACAUAUAUACAUAGCUACUAUACUGAUUAAGGAUGACUUCAAAAAAAAAAGAUUGCUUUAAAAAAAAUUAAAAAAAAAAACGCUUAU